CGUGAAUAGCCCACAUUAAUUUUUUUCAUUUCAUUGUUUGGCGCCGGAGUGUGUGUGUGUGAGUGUUGUUUUUUAAAUUUAACUGGUAUUAUCAUGGCUAGCUGCUCAGACUUUGCGGAUCCUUGCCUGGAAAGGCAUUUUGCUGGACACCGUAAUGCAAUUACCCAGGUUCGUUUUAAUCCUGAAGGAAGCAAAUUGGCAACGAGUUCGUUGGAUUCCUCGGUGAUAUUGUGGGAUUUAAAACAAGCGGCCAGGUGCAUACGCUUUGCUGCCCACACCGAAAGUGUGUAUGGUGUUAGUUGGUCACCACGAUCGAACUUGGUUGCCUCCUGUUCCAAGGACAAAACCGUAAAAAUAUGGGAACCCAAACUAAGGGGAGUUUCUGGAGAAUUUCUUGCUCACGGCAAACCAGUAAGAUCGGUAGAUUUCGAUCCAACCGGUACAAUGGUGGUCACUGCUUCGGAUGAUAAAUCGGUAAAAAUAUGGAAGGUAGUGCAACGAAAAUUUUUACAAUCAUUCGCCCAUCACACCAACUGGGUGCGAUCGGCCAAAUUUAGUCCAUGUGGCCAAUUGAUUGCUUCGUGUGGUGACGAUAAGACCUUGCGUAUCUAUGAUAUAAAUUCUGGCCAGUGUGUUCGAUGUUUUACCGAAGAAAAAGGUAUGGGUCGUCAGUUGGCAUGGCAUCCUGAUGGGAAUAUGAUUGCCGUGGGCAUGACAUGCAAUCGAGUUAAAAUUUUCGAUUUGGUUGCCCAACAAUUGAUACAAUUGUAUCAGGUACAUGCAGCGCCAGUUAAUGACUUGGCUUUCCAUCCAAAUGGCAAGUUUAUGCUCACCUGCAGCGAUGAUGAAACAAUGAAAAUUUUGGAUUUAUUAGAAGGACGACCGGUCUAUACAUUGACGGGGCAUACAGGAAAAGUCACUGGGGUGGCUUUUAACCACGAUGGUUCAAGAUUUGCCACCACAGGACAUGAUAAACAGCUCCUUGUUUGGAAAUCUAAUUUGCAUACCUACGACAUUGAAUUAUUGACUGAAAAAGUACAGAGAGAAUGCCAUCUAAGUGAAAGUGGUAUUGAGCCACAUACAACAACCUCAACAAUGACAACAAAUGCCAGUGAUCAAUCCAUACUCAUAGAUCCAAGGCAAUCGAUGGCCUAUAGACAUCGCGAUGAAAAUUUCCAGGUGCUUGAUAGUGACUAUUCUGAACAUGUACACCAACACAUACAUGGAUCGCCAACAAAAUCUACUGACCAACCAAAAACUUCCAAUGCCAUACACUCGACCACAACAGAUUCAUGUGGUAAUAGUAGUUCGUUGUUACAUCCACCAGCUGGAAACAAAGUUAAAGGUUUUAGUACACAUAAAAGAGAUUACCAGAACAAUGCCAGUAACAAAUAUUUUUAACAUUGGGUGGUAAUAGCUUGUAAUUUCUGACUUUAGUUUGUAGUUUUUCUCUUUCACACAUUUUGUUUAGUUUUAGAUUUUUUUCGAAAGGUAUUUAUUUUACAUUUUUAAUAAACAAGAUUUACUAUUAAGAUUUUUCA